AUGCCCAUGCCCACCAUCUUAAUGCCCAUAAUGGCACAGGGCAAAGUGUGCACUAUUCACAUACAGGCAUAAAACUUUCACUUAGGUUAUAGCAUAGCUUGUGUAUAGUUGCAAACACAAUAUUUUACUGGGCAAAAAUUAACAUGGUCACUUAAUGGUCCAACAGAUUUUUUUGUACUCAGCACAUUGCCCACAUAUAUAAAUGAGCCCUUGUGUGUUUGUUUAAUAUUCUGCCUGUCAUUUAAUAUUCUGCGUGUCUUCACCUUUACAGAACUAUUCCAAUUUUGAACCUAUAUUUCUGAAGAUACAUGAAAUAACUGAUGUGCUGGAGCCUCCGGUGGAAUUCAUUGCCACUGUAGAGAUGCCCGACCACCCGGUGCCAUUAAUGGAUUCUCCUGAAGUGAUUGAGCCUCCUGAUGUUGGAAUGUCUCACACUGUUGGACAAAUGAUCCUAGAACAGGAGGAGGGUGGAUUUGAGUCAGAAGAGGACACGGUGGCAAACUUCACUGUCACCUCCUUUAGUGUCCCCUCAGCUUGUGAAGAAGCUUCCAAUGGCUCAGAGUCAGUCACUGAGCUACUAGGCGCAGAAGGACCCUCUGAUAGCGCCAUGCCCAGAUCUCUGGAAAACUUCAAUCUGGGAAAAGUAUUGGGUGAAGGCACCUUUGGAAAGGUGUUCCUGGCAGAGUACAAGGACACAAAACAACUGUGUGCCAUAAAGACCCUCAAGAAAGAGAGGAUUAUUGCCAAGAAUGAUAUCAAGAGUGUAUUCAAGGAGAAGCGAAUCCUUCAGAAGGUUACCAGCGCAGAGCACCCAUUCCUGGUUUCCUUAUACGCCACAUUCCAGAGUGAGAAUCACCUCUUUUUUGUAAUGGAAUAUCUUCCUGGAGGUGAUCUGUGCCAUCUGCUCGAGCAUCAAGGAGCAUUUGAGGAAUCAAAAGCCAUGUUUUACACUGCCUGUAUAGUGCUCGGCCUGGAGGAAUUGCACCGGAACAAUAUUGUUCAUAGAGAUCUGAAACUGGAAAAUCUAAUGGUGGAUGUACAUGGCUAUCUGAAAAUCGUGGAUUUUGGCCUGAGCAAAGAUGGUUUCAGAUAUGGAGAUCGCAGUAAGACCCGGUGCGGAACAAACUGCUACAUGGCCCCAGAGAUCAUUGAUGAGAUGGCAUACAGCAGGGCCGUUGACUGGUGGGCCCUUGGGGUUGUGUUUUAUGUCAUGAUCAUGUUCCAGGUAAGCAUAAUGCCUAGAAAUCAGCUAUCACUAUCAUUAUAAUGAUAAAUAGGAUUUUACCCUUUUUACACUUUUACACUUAUAAUAAUGAUAUUAAAUUUGAACACUGGUUUAAUAAGGAAAUAAUAUUUCAUGUUUCAGUUCCCAUUUGAUGCAGAAGAUGACAUGGAAUUAUUUGAGAGCAUCAGGAACGACAAACCUGCCCUGACAGAGGAAUUGUCAGAGGAAGCUCAGUGCCUAAUACUAAGAUUACUGGAGAAGAAUCCAUGUCAUCGCCUCGGAUACAGCGAGGCCGGUGCUGAAGAGGUUAAAGCCCAUGAAUUCUUUGAAGUAAGUUUAUAUUGUAAUUAUUGUGCAUCAAGCCAGGAAUACAGUAGGAUCUCUAAUGAGCACAGCCCUUUAUACCUCCUGUAUCUGUCAGUGUUUGUAUGUAAUCUGUAUGUUUCAUGUGUUUAGCUAUUUAAUAUCAUCUAUUUUACAGGAUAUUGAUUGGGAAGAAUUUCUUGAAAGAGAACUGAUGCCUCCAUUUAAACCAGAUGUCAGUGGCCUUACAGAGAGUACCAGGCAAUCUGAAUGCCAAGCCUGGGGAUUAAUGCCACCAGCUGAAGCGAUAUCACCAGAGGCACAAGAGCUGUUUGAAGGAUUUGACUAUUCAGCUGAGUGAGAGGCAAUUGCAAGGGGCAGAUAUAUGGCUGGAAAGGGCGGGUGGUGGGCCAGUCCAUAUACCAAUCAGAAGCCUCAAUGACUUAAAGUUAAUAUCAGAUGCCCCAAGUCAUCAGUUUCUGAAGGAACAGUCUAAUGGUGGCGCCAAAGUAUCUGUACAUCAGCCUUAAGGGGCAGAGUUCUGGACUGAGAUUCAAAAGAGACCCUGGCAUUUCAAGUACAGAGAUCCGAACAGCCCCUUGUGGCAUUUGCCAGAAUCUACAGAUUGCCACUCUGGGCCUGCCCCAGAUACACAUGAGAAGCCUCAUUGGUACAAAAUGGAUAUCAGAUUCCCCAACAUCAAGUUGUGGAGGAACAGCCUAAUGGUGGAACAACAGUACCUGCAGGUGAGCCCACGUUCUUACAGAUAAACCCUUUAUAAGUUCAGUUACUAAAAGCCAUUAGUAUAUGUUAUGUACAUGUUAAAUAAAAACAAAUAAUUGCACCAUUUUAAAAGUUUCAAAUGUUUCCACAGCAGAAACUUGCAGAUUACUACACAAAUGUCUCCAUCUGCGUCAGCCAAAAAAGGUCUAGUACCAAGGUAAGAACCAACUCUUUCAUUUCACACCCAAUAUUUCAAGUCAAAAUGUAUUUUCAUAUUGGACCAACUUGUAUCUCAGGUUUAAUGGGCGUUUAGAUGAAAUUGCUGCUGUGUUUCUGUUUCUCAGGAGUGAGAUGGAGGCGACUGCGGUCAAAGGAAAUCUCAUCGAGUUCUCCCCUGCGCUCUCCUAGGAACCCAGGACAGGAAGGAGCUGCUCUCAUAUAUUUCAAGUUUUUCAAAAUACAUUUUCUAUUAGAUCAACCCGGGUUAUAAUUAAAGGGUAA